AUGGAAGGAGUACGCACCGGAGCCACGAUGGCCGAUCAGAUCAACGAGGAAAUGCUCGAUCGCAACAACGAGCCUCUGAAUGAGGCGCGCGAGGAGCGUCGCCAGUCGUUCACGACGCCGCCCGGCCCGGGAGGCUGUGAAUACAACCUCACCGGCAAGGGCUACUUUGGCUUCCACGGCAACGACGAUCAGGAAGGCGUCUUCUCCGGCAUCAAGCACGCCGUCCAGGGCAUCGGCAAGGCGCUCACCGAGGGCGCGCACCACGGCGGAGCUGAGGAUAAGGACGUCCCCUUCAAGACGAGCGUCUUCGGCAAGGACGAGGACGAGCAGCAGCGACACGUCGAA